AUGAUCAACAUAAUUGGCGUCUAUUCAGCAACAGCAUUGUCUCGGAAUGAACCACUCUCUCAUUCUCAUCAUGAGAGACAUCACCUGAGAAUUGUUAAUCGCGAUGACAGCAUCGAUGAACUUGCAGGUCUAGCUAAUGCAGAAACCACCCUAUUCGAGGGUAUGAAGGCCAUUGUGCUUGCAAAUCGACUUAGACUACAAAAUCCUCAAAGAAAUAGGUACGAAUUCAGAAAUGCAUCUGAAAUUCUGGGCAGUCGUGAAAAAGCACCACCACUAUCUUACGGAAAGGAUAACAAAUUUUCAAACAACAGUCGGAAUUUGGACGAAAGUUCAUCAAGUGAUCACAAGACUGCGGAUUCUCCAAAGGGAAGCUAUGCAUACACUCUCCCCAAGGAACUUGUGACAGCUGCUCGUGUCAUGGCGGAAUUGAAUCCACAACAAGCAUCUAUACCGCAGUUACCAACCAGCUUGAUGUCAACAUCUGGAACUAAUGAUACAAACGUCAUGGCUCAGGCAUUAGCGUAUCCUGAUGGCUUACACGGAUGGGCCCCGAGCAGACUUCCCUCACUCUACAAUGCACAGAAACCUGCAAAACACACAAAUAUCAAACGAGAAAGCUCAACUUUCUGGAUGAGAAGCAUCGAGCAAAAUGGCCAAAGUCCAUUUGCCCCGACGGGCUAUCAAGUUUGGAGAAAUGUUAUGGAUUAUGGUGCUGCAGGUGAUGGUUUGACAGACGAUACCGAAGCUAUCAAUGCAGCAAUAUCAUAUGGUGGAAGAUGCGGUAUCGAUUGUGGGUCUAGCACAAUUUAUCCUGCCACUGUUUUCUUUCCACCUGGCGUUUAUCUUGUCAGCUCUCCAAUUAUUCAAUACUACAACACCGAGAUACUGGGAGAUCCUACCGACCUGCCAAUGAUUAUUGCUGCAUCAAGUUUUGUUGGACUUGGUGUUAUUACGUCUGACGUCUACAUUGGAACUACGGAAGGCUGGUAUCUAAAUACAAAUAACUUCUUCAGAAGUAUCAAGAACUUCAUAAUGGAUAUAACUCGUACUCAACUGAAUGCUCAGGUCUGCGCUAUACAUUGGCAGGUUGCCCAGGGAACAUCACUGGAAAACAUUCAUUUUGUCAUGUCAUCGGAGGAGGGUUCGACUCAGCAAGGAAUAUAUAUGGAAAAUGGUUCUGGAGGCUGGCUAUCUGAUUUAACAUUUGUCGGUGGCAUGUUCGGUGCAUACUUUGGUAACCAACAAUUUACAUCGCGAAAUCUGGCUUUUGAUGGCUGCAAGACUGCUUUACAGAUCUCAUGGGACUGGGCCUGGACCAUGCAAGGAAUAAAUAUCAAAAACUGUGGAACGGGAAUUAAUAUCGUUGGAGAGGCUGGAGGCUCUCUAGGAACAUCCAAAAAUGUUGGAUCUUUGACCUUACUAGAUCUUGUCAUUGAGAACACACCAAUUGGAAUCGAGACCUCUCUCUUUUCCACGAAUUCAACCUCAUUGUUGAUAGAGAAUGCCUAUCUUAACAAUGUCUCAAAGGUCGUCACAAACAAUCAAAAUGCCCACACAUUACUAGCUGGCAGCUCCGACGUCACUACCAUUGAUUCUUGGGGAUUUGGUAUGAUGACCAAUGCUUCUGGUGUUGAGAAUUUUGCUAGUGCUCAGAAGAUAUCACAGAUGUCUCGGUCGGCAUCAUUGGUUGACCAAAGUGGAAAUCAAACCACCCCAUCGCCAAAGUUCUUCACAAGGCGCAGACCAGUCUAUACUAAUAUAGGUUUCAGUCAAAUUAUCGAUGUGACAACUUAUGGGGCAGUAGGAGAUGGACAAACAGACGAUACAGCUGCCUUAAACUCUAUUUUUGCCUUAGCGGCCAACAUGUCCUCGAUAGUUUUCAUACCUUUCGGAGUGUACAAGAUCUUCGACACAGUGCAUAUACCAGUCGGGUCGAGAAUUGUUGGGCAGGCUUGGAGUCAAAUAAUGGCCACAGGAGACAAGUUUCAAGACAUCAAUAAUCCAAGAGUUGCUGUACAAGUAGGAAAUUCCGGAGAUAUAGGUGUCAUAGAAAUUCAAGACAUGAUGUUCACCGUUUCCGGUCCAACUGCCGGUGCGAUAUUGGUUGAAUGGAAUUUUCAUGAGAUUAUCCAGGGAUCUGUGGGCAUGUGGGAUACUCACAUUCGCGUUGGCGGUGCAAUUGGCAGUGAUCUCCAACUAGCAGAUUGUCCAAAGCUAUCAGGAGAGAUCAAUUCUCAAUGCGUGGCGGCAUCACUUCUGUUUCAUAUGACACCAAAGUCAUCUGGGUAUAUCGAGAACUCGUGGAUGUGGGUUGCAGAUCACGAUAUGGAUGUCGUUACCCAGGAUCUGAUCGAUGUCUAUUCAGGUCGUGGACUUUUAAUCGAAAGUCAAGGACCAACCUGGCUAUACGGCACUGCAGCUGAACAUAACAUUUUAUAUCAAUAUCAGGUUUCCGGGGCAAAGGACAUAUUGAUGGGUGUAAUUCAAACAGAAUCACCAUAUUUUCAAGUCGCCCCCGCUGCACCAAAUCCUUUUACUUCAGGUCUGGGUCUCUUCGCCAAUGACCCAACGUUUAGUGACUGCAAGCCAGAUUCUCUGAGCUGUGCAGUGUCAUGGGCUAUUAGAAUAAUUGACUCUGUCAGUAUUUAUGUCUUGGGUGCGGGCUUGUACAGUUGGUUUCAGCAAUAUGAACAAACCUGUCUUGCUACCGAAAGUUGCCAAGACCGAAUCUUUAGUGUAGAGCAGAGUACAGAGAUCUGGGUUUACAAUCUAGUCACAAAGGGCUCAACUGAAAUGGUCAGUCCAGUCAAUGGAGUGGCCACGUUCUCCUUGCCCAAUCAAGGUGGCACCGUAGCUUCACUACUAGCUUGGCUUGAGGGGGCAGAUCAAACUAUCGGGAUUCGAACCUUCACCGGGUUUCAACUCUACAAAGAAGACUUUGUUUCUGCUUUGGAACUUCCUAAUAUUUGCGUUACAGCUUUGACAGCUAGCAUCCACUGUAACAGUCUCUUAGCUACUUACACAACACCGCAAUGGGCCGGCUCUUUAGAGAAUGAUACGCUCACUGACUCUGUUUGUGAUCCUGGAUGUGGUUCCUCUCUUGCUUUCUACUUCAACACAGUUAGUUCUUCAUGUGCGGGCUACAAUAUUACAGGUGCCCCUCCAGCGAUGCUAGGUGGAUUUAUUUGGCAAGGUUACAACGAGACUUGCUUGAAAGAUCCCGCGAGUGGACAUUAUUGCAAUGACUUGAUUCUAGACUUCACGCUGGUUUCCGAUGUUUCUGAAAUGCCUCGGGAUGAAAUGUGCUCAACAUGCUACACACAGCGCCUCAAAAUAAUGCAGUCAUCUCAAUAUUCAGCUUACGCCGGAACAUAUUCAUCAAUCCUAGCUUAUGUUGCCGAAGCUUGCAGCUUAGGAUCUUCAACAGAUAUCUUGCCUCCCCUGAUCGAGGAAACACCAUCUCAGGCUUCUCCUUGCGUAUCGGGAAAUUACUAUACAACAAGCGCUGGAGACACAUGCGACACAAUCUCACUAGCUCAUAAUGUAUCCUCUGCGUCUCUUUUCAUUGGAAAUGCAGCCAUCACAAAUUGCGCCAAUAUCAUCCCUGCAACGAAUUUAUGUCUUCCCAUACAAUGUCAACGCACAUACGCCCUCCAGCCCAACGAUACAUGCGGAUCUCUGGAAUCUACCUAUAAUCUUGGACCAUUUGGUCUCCGCGGCUUCAAUCCCUGGAUAACUUUUGAUUGUACUGGACUCCAGCAGAGCUCCACAGUAUACGGUACCAUUCUCUGUCUUUCGCCACCAGGUGGAACUUAUAAUCCAUCAACAGUAACCAGCGGGCACAACACCAAUCCAUUUAACAACGAUCCGUACUCUACUUCCCGUCAAGAUCCCCCUGUGAAUUCUACUAUCGCCAAUGGAACUACCCUCAAUUGCGGCGUAUGGUACACAGCAGCCCCUGGUGACGAUUGCCCGAUUCUCAGUAUCUUCUUCGGUCUCACCGCGGGACUACUGAUGCAAAUCAACCCUUCAUUACCAAGUCAAAACUGCAGCUAUGGUAUUAUGGCCAACAUUACAUAUUGUAUAUCUCCUAUAUGGGCCUGGGAUACGACACCAAUAGAAUCUGACACUAUGGAUGCAGCGGCAUACGCUGAGGCCUCUGCUGCAGCCUCUGUUUCUUGGUUAGCUUCUUGGUCUGCAGCUCAAAGUGCAGUUCAGACCACCGUGGAGAGUUCUGCACCAACGAGCUCCCAAAUUCAAAAUGUUACAGUCACUUUAAGUUCUAGCGAUGCGACGACUUCAAUGUAG